CACAGCAAUGCAGUCAGUUCAAAGGGAGAAGUCGCAAGUCCUAUAUACUACUGGGUAGCCGCCGGGAAAGGGAUAACCUUUACGGAGCGCACUUAGUUCAGGUAUGCUAAGUCUAAUCAAACUGGGCCGUCAUUGCUGGGCACCUCUUUCAAGGUUGGAACCCGUCCUCCGCUCGCUGAACGUGAGUUGUUCGCGAAACAUCACAACAGCCGCCCGCCCGUCCAAGAAGGUAAUUAUGAUAUGAGACUACUCAUGAUCAUAAGAUCCUAUGAGGCUCCUCCUUUCAUACUACGGGGGUACACUAGCGACGACAAUACCCAGCCGGUGUCUUUCCGGACUUUCCCUAUGGCUCCCUAUCGAUAGUGCCAAGAUGGACUUGGCAUAUUCAGGGAGAAGAAUACCAUUUUCCUCUGUGCUUUUCCUUUCUGUUUCCCUGCCUGCUGCAUCUGAGGUCCCUACCCGAUGUACGUUGCUGCAUUCUGUUACGAAUUAUCUAUCUCUGGUCCUCAAAUGCAAGACCUACUGCUUUGAGCUCCACCAUUUGCCAGGAGAUCACUGCCAGUUUACCCCGUACGCCCGAUCUAUUGGAUGAUCAUCCCUUGACGGUGGUAUCACUGUCAAUCGCGCGGGUAGACGGACUGAUAGGUACCUGUGUAUGCUGUUUCACCUUUUGGGGGGCGGGGGGAGAAUCAUUAGGUCGUCGCACAGGCAAGGCAGAAAAGGGGAGGGCGAAUAACGGGAAGAACGAAC